CCGUUUCGGAAGACAACACGGCGGUCUCGUUUCCGCCGGCCGGCGUGCUGCAAGAAGAGCGCCCGGGCGUGCGCCAGCGGACGACCGGCGAAGAACGCGGCGCGAGUCAUGCAGUAAACCGGGUUUUGUUUGCGGCCGCGGAUGGUGUUUAUGAACAGAGUUCUGACCUGCUUCGGCACCCCGGGCAGAACGCCACCAGGAUAAGUAGUAGAGAAACGGCGUACAGGCGAACGUCGGCGCAGGAAGGAAACAUGGACCUCCUUCCGUACGGACAAGCUCAUCCUCGCGCGACGUUUAGGAGAAGCGCGCACUAUGGCAGCAAGAAGAAAUCGCGCACGCGGUUUGAGGCCUUUGGCGAGCUGCUGUUCCAGUAUUUCCCGCAGAUAUGUCUGGGUCUGGAAGAGUGCAAGUUUGUAACAUGCUUGUGUCAUGUGGCUCAGACUCUUAAGAACUCUGUGACGCAGGAGGAGGAAAACAUCCUCUUGCCUGUCAUGUGAAAACGAAGUUCUUUAUGCGGAAAAGAGAGCACCUAGCACCUCAAAAACUUGUCAUGCCUAGGUGCGUAAUAUAGCAGUGCGUCCAUCAUUUGCAGAUAUGCAUCACAAAUUUCCAGACCCGGAAGUAAUUGCAUUUGAUAUCCAGGCCUCAACCGCGAUCGUGCAGUCCAACUGGUUCGAGUCGGCGCACUCGGCCGGGUUAUUAAGAGGAAAAAUCCCCCCUCCCCAUAUCGAAGAGGUAUGUUUCCGAAAAUUUGUGUCGCCGAUUUGAGACCACAAAUCACGUCUGUCCUGCAAGAAGGCAACUCCACAAGCUCCGCAGCAUUGUGCAGGCGGUUUGUGAUGCUGAUGGGCCUACAGCAAGGACGUUCCUCAUGCUAGACGCCUAGGCCAAAGCCUCCCUCCUUAGGCUUCGGAGGGGCCUGCGUUUCUCUCCAGCAAGACCGAUCAGAUCUGUGUACGCAAAUCCUGCAUCAGACACUUCGUUUUGAUAUGGGGAGGGGGGAUUUUUCCUUUUGAUACGGGUCCAAGGUGAUUCAGAUCGGGUUUGCCUUCGUCUCCUUGAUUUUUGUUGCGGCUUACACGCUACGAUAUGUGACACAGAAAUCAGCGGCAUUUUUGUGUGCAGCGCACGGUCCUUGCAAAUGAAAAAUUUUGGGUCUGACCAAUUUACUAUUCCAGCAGAGUUGUACUACAAAAACGAAUUUCGCGGUGCAGUGUCGUGUCUUAAUUUGCGAACAAAGCGUCCCCCGCGGGGGGAGCACACAAGAGUGGAUUGGAAAAAGCAGUCUCAUCUGCGUGUCCUGCUUUGUGGUCGGUGCUCACACGAUGCUUCGAUGAUAUUUUAUUGAAACUGCAUACGCCGCGACGCUUUCCGCGAUGCUGGCAUUCCCGGAACCGCCGCCGACGGCCAUCGGCGGGUAUUACGAUAU